AUGAUGCCCUCCACACAAGACCCUACCGCCGGUCCUUCUGCCACAUCUCCCUCACCGCCGCGACAAUUCCAAGCAGACGCCAACGAGGCAGCUAGACCUUCGCAUGCCCCGCGCUCGGCCACGAUGGAGACCAUGGUGGAUUCUCACACUGCGCAAGCUCCCGCGUACGUCGAGCACGAGCGACACGCCUCGGCUGCUGCCUCGGAUGCUCACCCAACUGCGACAACUCAGCCCGUCGGGCACACUUCCAAGGCUCAUCUCGUCGAACUGAGCCGGCCUCAAUCUCACCCGCAUCACGACAGCGAGCAUGCAUCGCUGCUUCCGCAGGCGAAAGGCCACACACCACGUCCAUCCUCCCACACCACCCGAGCCCAUCCCGAGCCGCCGCACGAUCAGCACGACCACCACGACGAUGCACCUCCCUCAAGUCAUGACAUGGUGCUGCUCAGCGCACACGCCGCCUCGCACGCGCCCAGCUACAGCGACCUCUUCUUCGACCUCCUCUUCGCCGCCUGCCUCAACACCUACUCCAACGCCGUCUCGCUCGAAAAGUUUGGCAACGUCGCCGCCUUCCUCGGCUACUUUGCCGCGCUCUGGUGGGCGUGGUGGAGCCAGUCGUACUUUGACGUUCGCUAUCGACGUCCUUCCCACGCCCAUCCCUUUCUCUUCAAAAGCGCCCAGCGCAUCAUCCGCGCCGCCGUCCUGGGUCUCUGGGUCGCCUUCUCCACCACGCCCUCCGAAUUCUCCCGCGGCGGAUUCACCAACUUCACCCUCAUCUACGGCUGCUCCCGCAUGGCUCUCGCGCUUGACCAUGCUGUCGUGCUCGUCUACGACCUCUUCCGCUGGCGCAAGCAUCCAGCCCACGCGCAUGCACAGUCGGCCCAGCCCGAGAUCGAGCCGGCGCAUGCAGCCUUGCAGACCGCACCGCGACGCUGUGCCAAGGCGGCUGUCGUUCGCACGCAUCUCUUCUCGAUCGCCGCACUCAUCGCGUCGGGUCUGCUCUGGAUCCUCAGCCGCCUCGUGCCGCGCAACGGCGUCAACGCGCCUCUCCUCGUCAUGUGGAUCCUCGGCGUUACCCUCGAGGCGGCGGUCCAGCUCGGCAACGAGCUCAGCGGCGCACUCUCGCCGCUCGGCGACAGCGUCCUACCCGAGCGUCUUGUGCUCUUCGGCCUCAUCAUCCUCGGCGAAGGAUUCACGGGGAUCGCCGAGACGCUCAACCGCAUCAGCCCCGGCGCCAAGGUGCGCAACGAGGCGUUAGGCGGUGCGGCCAUCGAGAGUGGCGGCUGGGGCGCCGACACGAUCCUGCAGGCCGUGUCGUGCGUGCUGAUCGUCGUGCUCCAGUUCGGAGGCUACUUCCACCGCGCCGCCAACAGCAUCGACGCCGCCUCGGUGUGGGUGGUGGUGUGGGCGUACCUCCACGUGGUGCUCCACAUGUCGUCGGCGCUCCUCGUCAUUGGUCUCAAAAAGAUCCUCAGCUUCCAGAACACGCUCAACGCCAUGACCAACUUUUUUGCGCAACCGACCAUCUAUCUGCCCAACACGCCGCAGUGGCAGAGCCUCUCCUCGGAGCAGGCGAGCGAGCCGUACAACGAGGGCGGGGGUAGCUCUUCGCUCUCCUCCAACGGAACGCUCGCCGGCAUCUCGGCCAUCAUCUCGGUGAUUCAGAGCAACGACGGUGCCAACAUCCCGACGCUUAGCGCUGCGCAGCGACUCGUCGCAUCCGUGGUUGGGCUUGCGGGCGGAGAGGCGCAGGCGCAGAGUCUGGUGGAACAGGCCAACGAGACCGACUCGAGCAACGCACUCUCGUCGCAGUUUGCUCCCAGCCUCGUGCUCCCCUUCAAGAGCUACUUUGAAUUCGCUGACAACGUGGUCAACCCGGACUCGAUCGAACAGUACAUUGUCAAGUCGCUCUUCCAGUUCAAGUACAUCUACGUCGCCAGUGCCGUCUACCUGACGGUGGAUAUUGUGAUCAAGCUCAUGCAGGAUAGGCGCGAUCGCACGCUGCGCUCCUUUCGGUGGGCUAUGGCCACGCGCUUUGCAUUUGCCGUGCUGCUCGUGCUGCUCCAGGUGGUCUUCACCGUGUACGAGGGCGCACCCUCGCUUGCAGCGCUCGACGGCGCACUCGCCAUCUGUGCGGCCGUGCUGCUCGCCGAACUCAUCGCACAGCAAAUCAUCGACGCCCUCCGCCCAAGGCUCGACCGUCCACGCACCAAACCAUCCAGCCGCUCCACUUGCAGCCGCUCCGACACGUCAAGCCAAGACCACCAACACUUUGAGAUGCACGAGCGCCCUCCGCGCUGA